AGGCAAUCGAUAAUAUGAAGUGCCCUCCAAUAUGCAUGUACACGGAUAUAGAUGCGUGAUUUCUCAUUGAAUCGUUUCGUAAUCGGAAGCAAUAUCCCGUUGUGGUUUAACCCUAGUGUACAUUCAGGGUAACGUCUUUCACAAAGGAUAUUUGGUACAAGUUGCAUUAACAAGUACGUACUUCCUCGAUGAAAAGUGAACACAUUUUACCUUAUUUAAUGAUGAAUUCAAAGUAGAACCACAUUUUAGCCAUGAGGACUUUGGAUUGCUUCAAAGGAAUACUCAAAGACCGCGAUCCAAGCAACCUUUCAGUAGAAAACAUCAAUGCUGAGCUACUGGAUCGAAACUGGUCUGGAGUUAUUUUUCUAACCAUUCUUUUAGUUAUUGGGGUCUGUGGAAAUGUGACUGUUUUACUAACGUACGGACUGAAGUUCAAGCGAGGAACCAAUUACCGCUUUUAUGUACUGUUUCUUGCCAUGUUGGACACCGGGAACUGCAUCAUCGGAAUACCUUGGUGUUUAGUGUACAUGUUACGUCCUCUGACGUUUCCCUCGGACGUAUUUUGUCGUGGCGGACUGUUUGUGAGUUUUGUGUUGUCUGUGACAGGUGCAGGAGGGCUGGUGCUCAUUGCCUUUGACAGAUACCGAAAAAUAUGUUGGCCCCUGAAGAAACAGAUUAAUAUAAAAAAUGCCAAGCGCAGUGUUCUUGUAAUUAUUGUGAUAUCUGUACUUUCAACAUGGUUUACGCCAUUUUUGUACGAACUUAAUAAACUUCCCCUUUCUGCCACCGGGGAGAAUGGCUAUAAGUGUUUUCUUGCAACAAAUUCUAUAGCCAAUUCCCUUUCAAAGGGAUUUUAUAUUAUUCUCGGUAUGGUGUUUCUAACAAUAAGUACCACCUUAACAAUUCUAUAUUAUUUUAUCAUGAAGAAAGUGAAGACUCAUUCAAAAAGUUUUUAUAAUAAAAAAUCCAAAUCAAAUAACAACGAUACCUUUGGUCGUCGAACUUCAAACUUACAUACCCGGAAAACCACCUUAACUUUCUGUAUGAUCACUACUGUAUAUAUUUUGACAACCCUGCCUCACAUUGUGGGUGGUCUUGUGUUUCACUUUGACGAAUAUCUAGAGUGCAGGAUGAGUUCCAUAACUCACAAUGUUUUCUACUUCUUCUACUGGACUGUGUACAUAAAUAACGUUGCUAACCCUUUCAUUUACGGUCUCUCUGAUGAGAGAUUCAGGGGGAUCAUAAGAUACGUGAUAACGUACGCUGUUCUCUCCCCUUUCAAGGCUUCCAAGAAGAGACUACCAUCUGCAUCCUUCUCUGUUUCAAUUGAUAACAAUGAUCAAAAGAAUAAAAUUGAAGCCGAAAAUGACAUUCAUAACAAAAAUGCCGACGCAAUUAGUGUUGUGUCUAAAGAAUUUGCAAUAAAAACAAACGGAGAUGACGUUGACAACGUAUAUAAAGCAAACACGGAACAGGUGACACAAUAAAUAUUUACAAUGUAGCUGUAAAAGAAAUUAUUUUAUGCAGUCAGCAAGACUAGUUUAAAUAUAGUUCAGCGAUUUAUGUGAUUUUUAAGCUUAGUGCCAAACAAUAUGAAUUGUACAUAAAAGUUUGAUUUGAUGUGAAUGAAAAUAAAUUCAAGUCACAUG